AUUCGAGACUAACCAGAGGCCCAAAGAGAGCGAAAGGGGGAAAAAAUGGCAAAAAGGAAAAUGAUGUAAGAGAAACAUAGUAAAGAACGCAAAACAUCCGGUGGUUAGAGAGAGAAAGUCGGGCUCACGUUUGUUUUGUUGGUGGUGGAGACGGUGGAGGUGUGGUGCCUGGUUUUAUUUUCUUCUUUAGGAAAUCACAUCACUCAGAUCGGGAAACAGAAAGGAGGAAAGGGAAAAAGAAAAAGAAAACCCAUUUCCCUUCGCAGUUGUGCUGAAAGUGUUCAAAGGAAAUUUUAGGAAAAAAAAAAUGGGGAGGGAUGUUACAGGCUUACGAAUUGACAAAAGAGCAAGCGAAAAAUCAAGUGAUAGCACUCGUUCUGUAAUUCGUGUUGCUCCCAAAGCCUCACCUGAGAAAACCGGGAAUGCUGGACUUGCCGAUGGAGCUGUCGUGGCACAGGAUGAGCUGGCAGUGAAAAGCACCAACGGUGGGCCCGGGGAGAAGAUCAUUGAUUCUGAGGCAAUUCAUGCGGAUCAUGCUAAUGGGCCCAAAGACGAUGAUUCAAGUGUCAAAGUUUUGUCCAAAUCUAGCGAUUUGGAUUCUCCCAAGUCCGGAAAGAAAUCCCAAUCAAACUCACAUUUCAUGUCAAGGAAGCAGCUUUAUGACGAAGAAGAUAAUUGGUCAUUGGCUUCCUCUACUGCAACUUCUGUACGGACCAAAAUUACGGUCCCGGUUGCUCCAAAGUUCACUUGCGUUGACCGAUUGGAGAGGCGUAAAGAGUUUUAUACAAAGUUGGAAGAAAAGCACAAAGCCUUGGAGAAAGAAAAACUCGAAUACGAAGCAAGAAUCAAAGAAGAAGAACAAGCAGCAAUAAAGCAGCUGAGAAAAAGCAUGGUGGUGAAAGCAAAGCCUGUUCCCAGCUUUUAUCGUGAAGGGCCUCCACCAAAAGCAGAGCUUAAGAAGUUGCCAGUAACCCGAGCCAAAUCUCCAAAUCUGACGAGGCGAAAGAGCUGUGGUGAUGCAGCAAAAACUUCUCCAGAUGACAAGCCACUUUCUGGACGAGUCACUCGUCACAGUGUGGGCCCCUUAAAAGACGGUAAAUCCUCUCCUCUUCUGAAGAAGUCUUCUUCUCCUGUUACUCCCAAAGGCAAGGAUCGAACAAACGGGCCUAAAAAAGCCAAAAAUCAGCAAAAACCGAAAGAUACACCAGCUGAGAAUUCACCUGUGAAGGAGCCCGAGCCUGAGAAUGGAGAUUUAUCCAUUGUUGAGUCUUGAGUUUCUUCUUUUUUCUGUUAAUAGUUUCUGACUUUAGUGUUGAAAAAAAAGACUCGGGGGUGUUUCUUUUUAUGACGAUUCAUGAAAAAAAAAAAAAGAUGUUUGUUAUGUCGAGGGCAACUUUUUCGUUUCGCCCACACGGUGACUUUGCCGAAGGUAAUGUCUGAAUUUUUUCUGCUUGAGUACAUAUAUGUCCUGUGUAAUUUUUAUUUAAACGGUUUUUUCGUGUAUUAUUCGGAUACAGACUAGCUUAAUUAAACGUGUUUUUGCGUUUGAAGAAGAAACUGAGAUGAAACUUCUGCUGGUUUUUUAAAUUUUUGGCUUCUGAUUUGGUCUGGUGUGACUAGAAGGAUCAUUUUAGUAGGGAG